ACUGGUUGGUGGUAAGUUAUCGCACGAUCUACGGACGCCGCGCCAAGAGCUAAGGCGACUAGUUUUCCGCUGGGUUUAUGACGUGCCCGGGACGUCACCUUGCGCUGAUGCAGGUCUCUAAAGUGGUAGCUUCUCUGAUCCACUGCUACGAUAUCCGUCAGGUGGAUCCGGACAGCGUGUGGAGCUACCAGGCUAACUUCACCGCGCUGACGCACUCGUGGCCAGUCUAUGUGAAGAAGAGGAUGGAUUGAGGGCUUUGGGUACCAGUUCAGCAU